AUGGCUGUAGUCUCAACUGGAAAUUGGGAAAAUGAAAACCUUUCCCAAAUUCCUUUUCGAGUUCUUCGAGGACACAACGAUGGAGUAACAAGCUGUCAUUUCUGUAUUAAUGAUUCAAAAAUUGUAACUGCUUCUCGAGAUGGUUCUGUUCGUUUGUGGAACACAGAGCUAGGUGCUACAAUCCAGAAUAUACGUGUUCAUUCUCUUCCGGUUACUAAGGCAAAAUUACGCGUAUCAAAAUUGCUAUCGUCAUCAUGGGAUAAAUCAGUAUGUCUUACUGACCCCGAAACAUCUGAUGUAAUAUGGAGUGUAAAAGGAGAAGGAAUAGUUACGUCUUGUGAUAUUUCCAGUAAUGAAAAUUUGGUGGUUGCAUCUUCAGAUUUGGAUAACUCGGUCAAGCUGUGGGAUAUGAGAUCUGGAUUAUUGGUUGCGAAUUUAUUAGAUCUUCACAGUAGUACACCAACUUCUUGCUGUUUUUCUCCAAAUGACCAAAGAAUAGCUAGCACAGGCAUGAGCAUGACUACUAAAAUUUGGGAUUUAGUAUCUAAAAAGACAACAAUAAGCCUUAUUGGUCAUAAAAAUUUGAUAUCAAAUUGUUGUUUUUCCACCAAUGAACGUUACCUUUGCACAAGCUCAUGGGAUAAAACACUUCAACUGUGGGAUAUUUCUACUGGUAUGUAUCGAUUGGAAGGUGCAACUAAUCUUUUAAAGGGUCACGAGGGUUCCAUCACAAGUUGUGUUUUUUCCUCUGAUGCUCAAUACCUUAUUUCUGGUGGAUGCGAUGAUGCAAUUGUGGUGUGGGAUAUGUCAGUAAAAAGCAAGAAGAUUGUGCUAAAGGGACAUGAUGGUUGGGUUACAGGUGUGGAUUGCAGUGCUGAUAGGAAUUGGGUUUUAUCUAGUUCCCAAGACAGAACAGUCCGCGUAUGGAAUAUUCAAGCUGCAGACCAAAUACCUGCUGUACUUGAACAUAGAAAGACAAUGGGUUUGAAAAUUGUGGUAUGUGAAAAAUGCAGCAAACCAUUUUCUAUUGCUAUGCUGGAGGACCCACAAGACCUUAGUAUUUGUGUAUUUUGCCGUCUUGCUGAUCCAAAACGUUAUAAACUGCCUUGUUUGUAA